AUGGAAAACGAUGUUCCAGCAACUAGCGUUGGGGAGCGAGACUCAGCGCCCUCCUGCCCGAUCGAGGGGCAAUUCAGCGAUGAAAAAAAGCUGACAAAAUCAAGUUGCAGCUCAUCACAAACUGGUGACAGCGUUAUAACGGUCAUCACUAAGGCCGAAGUAAAGGAUCUUAACGCCACGCGUACUCAGUCCAACAUCCCAGGCAAGAGUAGUAAUUGGAUAUACCCCUCGGAGCGACAGUUCUACCGCUCCACCCUCGCCAAAGGACACCGAGUGGACGCCACGGUCAUACCCACCGUCGUGCAAAUACAUAACGCCAUCAACGAAAAAGCUUGGGAGCGCAUUAUGGAGUACGAGGAUAUGCACUUCGAACGCUGCCAGAAGCCUGUGCUGGCACAUUUCAUCGGAAAAAAGGACCAACUCACCAUACGCGCCAGGUUAAGACAUCUGAUGGGAUACAAGCUGCCGUACGACAGGCACGAUUGGACUGUAGACAGGUGCGGGAAACUGGUCAGGUACGUCAAAUGUGUGCGUAUCGAACAAUGGCUCAGGUAUAUCAUCGACUUCUACGAGGGACGUGCACCAAACGACGAACCCAUUGCCGUCUACAUGGACGUCAGACCCGAGCUUUCGAUGAACGGGAUCGUAGACAGAUGCCGUCUGUGGCUGAAAAAGAGGUUCUGGUGA